AUGAAGAUCAAACUGCCGCGAGACCGUUUCCCGUCGACGUCUUCGACGGAGGACAACGAGAGCGGCAAUGAUUGGGAUGCUGAGGGUCGCCAUCCCGUUAUGACGCAUACCCGUCAUCCUCCACCACCCCAGGCGGUGAUAGUGGGGUCGGUGCGCAAACGCCGCGGGAACUUGUCCAAGCAUUCUGUGAAGAUCUUGAAGCGAUGGCUGUAUGAUCACCGCUACAACGCGUACCCCAGUGAUGCCGAGAAAUUGGCGCUCAGCCAAGAGGCUAACCUUACUGUUCUACAGGUUUGCAACUGGUUCAUCAACGCUCGCCGGCGCAUUCUCCCCGAGAUGAUCAGACGCGAGGGUCACGACCCGCUCCACUACACCAUAUCUCGUCGCGGUAGGAAGCAGCCUGGCGCCAUGGCUGGUGUGGGACCUAUGGUGGGGUUAGGGGGUGCCUCCACUUCGGGCCUAGGGGUCCCUGGUGGGGAUAAUGUUACUGUAGCGUCGUGGGAUGGAAUUGUUGUUGAGAACGGGCCAGAUGGUCGCUCCCACGACUACGGCGAUGGUCUUCUAGUCUACCGAAGUGAUGGUGAUGAGCUAGGAGACGGGGAAGAGGGCUACUCCAGCACCAUCAGCGAAGAGGAGGUCAAGUACGAUCCUUCAGUCUGGCAGUCCGUCAUACGGUACGGACCAGAGGACCAUGACUUGCAUCCAGCUGCCAGGGACAGUACGGCGUCGGUGGUGACAGUGACCACGACUGAGGAGAUGGUGGAACAGGUCCCCGAGCCGGUGUCGAGCAGCGAGGACGGAUGGCAGGCGCUGGCGCACCCGCAGCUAGCGCACCUGCCACAGCUGCCGCACCCGCUGCGCGCGCGCCGCAUGCAGGUGGUGCCGAGCAGGCCGGAGGGCGAUCAGGAUAAGUUCAAGUGCCUGUAUCUCCUCGUGGAGACCGCAGUAGCCGUGCGUCAGAGGGAGAAGGAACAAGAGGAGGCUAUGCUCCCUGUUUAG